AUGUCCUGGAAAGAAUCGAACUGUCAUACACGCAUUCUGCGUGACGCCGAAGCUGGUCGUUACGGUAUCAUUGCUGCCAUUGCCUACAACAUUGAACAAGUUUUGGGUUUGGUCCGGGCUGCUGAGACUGCCCGCUCACCCCUGAUUAUCCAAUUCUUCCCGUGGGCGAUUGAGGCUACAGAUGGCUUACUGGUGCGUGCAGCUGCGGACGCCGCCAAAGGCGCAAGCGUGCCCAUCAGUAUUCAUCUCGACCAUGCCCAGUCAGAAACCAUCAUCAAGCGCGCCGCAGAGCUACCGUUCGAUAGUAUUAUGGUCGACAUGUCGCACUACGAGAAGGAGGUGAACUUGAAGAUGACCCGUGAGCUGGUGAAAUAUUGCAACGACCGCAAGAAGGCCACCGAGGCCGAGCCGGGUCGGAUCGAAGGAGGAGAGGACGGAGUGAUGGACACGGCGGGGUUAGAAGCCUGCAUGACGACCGCCGAGGAAGUGGAUGAGUUCGUUAACACGGGUGUGGAUGUGCUUGCCCCUGCGUUUGGCAAUGUCCACGGCGAAUAUGGCUCACAGGGCCCACACCUGGACUUCGAGAUGUUUGAAAAGGUUCGCCUUCGGGCCAAUGGUAGAGUUCACUUGGCCCUGCACGGCACCAACGGAUUUGCCCCGGAGCUGAUGAAGCGUUGCGUGGGCGCUGGCGUCACCAAGAUCAACGUAAACCGACUUGUGUUGGAUGACUACUACGGCCAUCUCCGGGCGAACGUGGGCAAGAUCCCGCACACCCAGCUUAUCGAGGAAGGUAUUCAGAAAGUGGCGGAUCUGACCGUCCAAUGGAUGGAGAUCUGUGGGUCUGCGGGCAAGGCAUGA